CCGAAAGUACGCGAGGCACGCGAUCCCGAGGCCACGAAAGCCACUACAGACAACCACAAGCAACCACCGUGCUACUAGGCCAACGGCAGUUCCACCAAGUCCAGCCGAAGACGGCCAACCUGAGCCGAUGAUCAGCCCAGCACGCAUUGCAUGGUGGGAAGUCUUGAAAGCCGGAGGCAGGCAGCUACUGCGCACCCAACGAUCAUCAGCUCACACAAAGCCGCUGGUAACCUUAUCUUCGUACAGUGUGGCGAACGGUGUUUCAGUUGUGAUUCCCGUGAAGGUUGUCUUCAUUCCGUGUCGUUAGACAACGCCUCACAACGCAUCAGUUUGAUCGUGUCGGAGUUGGACCUUGAAUGCGAACGAUCGUACCAGAGAGUUGAAGAGUUGCUGUUACGUGUUGAUAGACCGCACCUUCACCAACAGUGAACCAAUCGAGAUACGCAAUAGUGCCAAAGCCAGUGGAACCCGACGAGCCACAAAAUGCACAAGUGUAUCGCAUGGUGCUUUACGAUCCUUUCCCUGUUGUCUUUGGUAGUUAUGCCAAUGGCUCAGGCUACACUGCAACCGAAGGCACCUAACUUCCAGUACUUCGAAAGGCCAAAGUACCGGUACCCGUACUACGAUGAGAACGGCAAGGGUAAACUGCUGUACGGCUAUGGAGGUCCAGAAUUAUAUCAAUACAAGAGCUUCUCCCCCCUGGACGGUAUCCACUGAUGACGGGCAACGAAAUGAAACUCUAAAAUUCUGCAAAGUGUAGCGGAAUACCGGUUCCUCGUUUUCGUGACGAAGGUGAAGCUCUAGCCCUCCGUUGGCACACAUUAGUCAGUGGCAAUGAGGUGUGACUCUACAGACCUUUUUUUUACAUCAGCCCCCCACAUCGGUGGCCGGAUAACAGCAAUGUUCAAAGACUUUAUGUUAAUUAGAGACUAGCAAAGUGUGCCAGGAGCACUGUGUGGGUUU